AGGAGGAGGGAGAGGGGGCGGUGCUGCGGUGAGCCGGCUCGGCUGGGGCGGGGUUGAGUCUGCAGGCGGGGACUGUACGGGGCCGGGUCGCGGCUGCACCGACUCGGAUCCUCCAGCGCCCGGGACUCACCGCCAGCCCGACCCGACCCGACCCGAGCCGACCUCCCUGCCCGCUGACUGCGCUCCCCGCCCGGACAGAGCCGCUCCACCGCCCCUUCUCUCCCCCUACACUGUGGUGAUGAGGAGGGAGCGGGUGGAGGGUCCACCGAGCCAUGUCUCCCCCCUCUCUCCCACUCCCUCUCCCCGCUGCCCGUGGCCGGCGGCAGCUUCCCGGAGGCGGCUGCUGGUCCUCGCCUGCCUGCCGGCGCUGCUGCUCGGCCUGGAGACCGGCUCGGCCCCGCUGCUCACCGCCCAGCCCCGGCUGGAGUGUGUCAACGGCAGCCGGGACCACCCGCGGCAGCAGCAGACCCCCGGCCGGGGAUUCCCCACGAUCCUCCCCAACCCCCGUGGAAUCCCCCCCCUCGCCGCCGCCGCCGCCACCACCAACUCCAGCGACAAGUGCCGGUGUAACAGCUGGGAUUUCUACCUCCACAACGGGCUGGUCCGUAACAUCGUCACCCAGUGGAGCCUGGUCUGCAACUCAUCUUGGAAGGUCCACAUCGCCAAGUUUUCCUUGCUAGUUGGAUUGAUUUUCGGUUACCUCGUGAGCGGAUGCUUGGCCGAUUGGGUGGGCCGGCAGCUGGUGCUGGUGGUCUCCGUGCUGUUCGUACUGGUGUUCGGCCUGACGCUGGCUCUCUCUGUCAACGUGACCAUGUUCAUCACGCUGCGCUUCUUCGAGGGGUUUUCGCUGGCUGGCGUGUUCCUCAGCCUCUACGUGGCCCGUAUCGAGAUCGCACAAUCCAACCAGCGCUUCAUGAUCACCAUGGUGGCCGGCUUCAUCGCCAUGGGCGGGCAGCUGCUGACGCCCGGACUCGCUGCUCUCUGUCGCAAUUGGCAGGUACUGCAGACCGUCAUCAUCUGCCCAUUCAUCUUCAUGAUCCCGUACUGGUGCAUUUUCCCAGAAUCACUCAGCUGGCUGCUAGCCACACACCAGUCCCACGCUGCGAAGGAUUUAUUGUUAGAUUACGCACGCAAACACCAGCAGGAACCCGAGGAGGACGUGAAAGAAUUUCUAUCAGAGCUUGAGAAAGAACCUCCAGUGAAGGCCCAAAAAGUAUUCAUCUUGAAGCUGUUGUCAACGAGGAUACUGUGGAAGCACAUCCUGGUACUGUGUGUGACGUCCCGGCCGGGGUUCGGGGUACACAACUGCUUUAUCAAGAGCCUGAUGGACCACGAAGGGGACACGCUGGCCAACUUCUAUGCCCACUACUACACCAUGGAGGUGGUGGGCAUCCUGUCCUGCGUGGUCAUGUGCUUCCUGGUCAGCCUCAUGGGGCGAAGAGGAACUCUGCUGGUCUUCACCAUCGUCACGGCGCUGGCCUCCCUCCUCCAGCUCGGCCUCAUCAGCAACCUCGCCCCCUAUCUGCAACAGCCGUUUUCACUCGUCUUCUCCCUGAUUGGCCUGUUCUCCUCGCAUUCCAUGGGCAACCUGAGCAUCUUCAUCUGCGCUGAACUCACGCCCACCGUCAUGAGGGCCGGUGGGCUGGGACUGGUGCUGGCCAGUGCUGGCUUUGGACAGCUGACAGCCCCCAUCAUGGAGCUACACAACCAGAAGGGCUACUUCCUGCACCACGUGGUCUUUGCGUGCUGCACGGUGAUCUGCAUCAUCUGCAUCUUGCUGCUGCCCGAGAGUGGCGGGCGGGAGCUGCCUGUCUCGCUGGAGGACGCUGACGUCUACCCGCGCCGGCACCUGCUGACCUCGCGCCGUUCCGCCCGCUCCCUGCUCUCCCACACCGAGCUCAAGAGCUACUCUGGCCUGGCCUCCCACCCGCCCCACCGGGACACCCCCAGCCCCACCGUCAACGGCCACAGCCCCACCGCUAACGGCCCCAGCCCCACUGCCAACGGCCCCAGUGCCAUCGUCAAUGGCCCCAGUGCCAACGUCAAUGGCCCCAGUGCCAACGUCAAUGGCCCCAGCCCCACCGCCAAUGGCCCCAGUGCCGACGCCAACGGCUCCAGUGCCGACGUCAAUGGCCCCAGUGCCGACGUCAAUGGCCCCACGUGACCCAACACCCACAAGGGCCCCAUGAAGGAUGACAUAUCCAGGGGCAGGGGCAGCGGCAGGGAGAGAAAUAACGUAUCCAGGGACCGGGGCUGGGGAGAAUAAUUCAUCCAGGGACCGGGGCCCAGUGGAGAUGGCGUAUCCAGGGGCAGGGCCAGGAAGAGUAUAAUUUAUUCAGGGACCUGGGGGGGGCUGGGAGGAUAAUGUAUCCAGGAGAAGGGGGUGGAGAAAAUAAUUUAUUCAGGGCACAGGGCCCGGUGGAGAAGGAGUAUCCAAUGGUGGGGUCGGGGAGAUUAAUUUAUUCAGGGACCUGGGCUCAGAGGACAUUUUAAUCAGGGUCUGGGGCGUUGAUGAUAAUCCAUUCAGGGUCGGGCACAGAGGACAAUUAAUUCAGUCUCCUGGGAGGAUGUGAUCAUUCAGGUACUGGGGUGGGGAGAAUAAUUUAUACCGGUGCCAGGCGGAUGAUAAUCCACACGGGGGGGUGUAGAGCAUAAUCCAUUCAUGUUCCAGGGAAGCACAGAUAAUUCAUUCAGGGUCUGGGGCAGGGAGGGUUAUUUCUGCAGGGUUGGAGUGAGGUUUUUAUUGGCCCCCUCCCUCUCCCCCCACUCUCACUCUCUCCCCUCUCUCACACCCCUCUCUAACUCUCACCCCCCCCUCACACUCUCCACUCUCACUCUCCCCCUCUCACUCUCCCCCUCUCACUCUCCCCCCACCCUCUCACUCGCACUCUCCCUUCUCUCACUCUCACUCCUCUCACUCUCCCCAACACACACUCUCUCACUCUUCCCCCCUCACUCUCCUCCCCUCACUACCCACUCUCACUCUCCCCCUCACUCUCCCCUCCUCUCAAUCUCCCGCUCUCACUCUCCCCUCCUCUCACUCUCCCCCACUCACUCUCCCCCCCUCUCACUCUCCUUCCCUCUCACUUCCCCCCUCUCACUCCCCCCCUCACUCUCC